AUUUGAAACAUCAAGGUCGUAUGCGUAUUGUGGUGAGGAUCCUUAAAACUAUUACGGAAGCUCUGGUUUAGAGUGAUAUUUAUAUUCUCAAGUUCAAUCCUGUGAAAUGACUGGAGUUGGCCUGAUCAGUUCUUGGUCUGAGGUAGAUAACUUCCAGAAAAGCAAUAAUGUUACUCAGUUGUUCGAUGAGGAUCCGGAGAUGUUCGAUGGAUCAAGCCUUUUCCCUCAUUUUUGUAGUCUUUGGAAAAAUUCCCAAACAGCUUUAUCGGAGAUCCCUAUUCAGUAUGGUAAUGCAUGCCACAAGAUUGCUCGUAGAUUACCCAGUAUGUUUACCAAAAUGUCUCAUCGUAAAGGAUUGCCUAAUGUCCGUAAUAUUACAGAAAUGAUUAAUCUUGAAGGGAACACAUGGAAUCUUAUUUCAAGUAUUUACUUGGACCGUUUUGAGUCAGAAUCUAGGACCGGGACGGUUGAAGGAAAUGAUUUAUCUAAUUUUAAUCACUCCGAACGGGAAAUAAUUCGAUUACUAUACGAAAGAGAUAAUGAACUUCGUGAAGCUCAGAUAUUAAUUGAUUGGUUAGAACAAAUAGUUCGUCAGCAGAUCGAAGAAGUUGCUGAGAAAUACGAAUGUUUAUUCAAUCAGACAACUGCUUGGGAGAAUACGGCACAUUUAUUGAGUUAUCUUUCACAAGCGGAGCUUACUAAACAUCGUUUGGUAAAAGAAUUGCAUCCGGAUGCUGUAACCCUAACAGGUAAUGAAUUGGAUCAGAAAGAUCAAAUUGAUAAUGAUCGAUUUAUAAAUUAUUUAUUCCUAUGUCUUCGUGGUGGAGAUCUUCAUCGUGCUCAACUUCUUUGUACACAACGUGGUGAAUUUUGGCGUGCUAUUUCACUUGAAGGUUGGCGACCAUUUCAUUAUUCUGGUUUUGUGGAAAGUGAAUCAACUCAAUUUCAAACAUUAAAAGAUACAGAUGAAAAUUUUACUCAUUCAAAACCAUUACAAAUGAAAUUCAGUAUCGAAGGGAAUCCAACGAGAAUUUUAUACAAAUCUGUAUGUUGGUGGAAUUCAGAGAAUAUAAAAUUACGUUCAUUUGAACGAGCUAUUCAUGCUACAUUAUCAGGAAAUUUAAAUGUUCUAUCACAAAUUUUACCAACUUCAUGGACAGAUCAAACAUGGGCACAUUGUCGUGCUUUAGUUGAAGCUCGUGUAGAUUCUAGUCUACGUAGCCUAUUGAAUACUGGCCCUAGGGCUGAUACACUGGCUGUUACCGGGAAAACAUCUAAAUAUUGGCCUCUGGAUGGAGGUUUAAGCUUGCCUGAAUCAGCUUGGACACCGGGUGAUUGGACAUUAUCCGAUGUAUUUACACGUGUCGAUGCACGUUUAGGUUGGUCUGCUACUGGAUGUUUAGAAAAAUGUAAUAAUCUACGCAUGAGAUCAGUAUUGUGUUCUGCAAUGGAUGAUUUCUUAAUGGAUGAUACUUCAUAUUUGUACACGAAUGAUGAUAUUGGUGGUAGUGGUGCCGGUGGGAAUGACAUGGAAUCACCUUCUGUAUAUGCUAUUAUUUAUUGCAUUUUCUAUGCUGUACAACAGACUAUCAUGUUAAAGAAUUAUGAUUCUUUUCUCCUAACUUUAGCCAAUCUUAUGCCGAAACUUGUGUGUUAUGGUUUAGGCGAUGGUAUUGUACCAGAUGUAACUCCAUUACAACCGCCAAAUUUGAAUAGAGUUGGGAAUAUUGAUCAAGUAGUUUGUCACACACUUCGAUUUCUGACUCAUUUUGUCCUGUUUUUAAAAUCAGCAGAUUCUGAUAUUCCGGAUGAACCAUAUUCAGAAAUUAUUAAAGCUUAUUUAUGCUUUUUAAUUGUGAAUAAAGAAACAGAUUUAGUUGCCUAUUAUGUUUCUGUAUUACCCACUGAAUCAGUACAAAUUCAAUGGUAUUCAUGGUUUUUAACAGAAAUCAAUCAUCCAACUGAACGUGAACAUUGUUUAUCAUUAGCUGUUGAUUAUGGUUUUAAUUUAUCUAAAUUAACAAGAUCCAUAGUAAGAUUAUCCAAACAACGAAUUGAUUUAUCAUCAAUCAAUCAAUAUUCUUCUAAUACAAUGGAUCAUAAUUCAAUAUUAUCCAAACAAAAUAAUUAUAUAAAACCAUCAUUCAAUGAAAUGGAAUAUUUCACCAAAUUAUUACAUACUACUACUACUAAUAAUAACAGUAAUAAUAAACAUGAAAUUGGUAAAUUAACUGAUAUAGAUAAACAACGUAUUAUUGCAAUGGAUUGGUUAUUUUAUAAUCCAGAUCAACGUGGUGAAGCUUUAUGCUUAGCUAAUAGUUUAUUAAGAGUUUUUAUUGCAAUGCAUUCAUUUAAAGCAGCACAACAGGUUCUAUCAAAAUUACCAGUUGGUACAUUAGAACAUGCUAAAAUAAUUUGUGAGAAAUUGGGUUCACCUGAUUGGCUUGUGAAUACAAUACGUGAACAUGAAUGUCUUACUUUAUAUUUAGAAAGUCGGGAUGCAUUUGCUGACUGGUAUCAACAAGUACAUACUAAUCGACCUGUACAACCGUCUUCGUUAACAAAUAACAAUAAUUUUAUGCAUACAACAUAUGGUCCUCGUGGCUUAGCACAACGUCUUGCCAUUGAAGAAUCAAAAAAAGAGUAUUUAGCUCGUCUUGAACGUUGGCGACAUGAUACACGAUUAGAUACAGAGACAGCAGCUGAAAAACUUUUGGCCUUAUUAACAUAUCCUCAUCCCGGUUGGUUGGUUGAUAUAGAACAGCGACAACAACAACAACAGCAAUUGAAUAUGGAUCCAAAUGAUCGAUUAACAUUGACAACAGAAAUUCAUCAUGAUAAAUUAAUUGAUCGUAAAUUCGAAGAUGAUAAAGGAGGAGAAAUACAUGAAAACAAUUGUGAAACAUUAACUAUGAAUAAAAAUGAUUUAUUUGAUGAACUUGAUGAAAAUCCUGCUUCACGUCAAUUACAAAUGAAUGUACUACGAGAGACAUGUAUUACAGAGACAGUGUUUCUUAUUGUUCGUUUAUAUCAAACUGCUGGAUUACAUCAAAAGUGUAUUGAAUUAUCUAAUUUAAUUGUAGAUAAUGAAUAUGGUUUAUUCAAGUUGUUCUCUGGACCCCAGCUUCAAAAUCUUCUUCAUCACAUUUCUGAAUCAAUUCAAUAUUUAAUUGACAAUGAACAAGAUCCAUUGGGUUAUAUUAUACAUUAGUCAUAUGAAUAUGACUUACAUAUGUUGUAUAUGCCUCUCUGUCUAAUCUCUAAUCUAUCCAUGAAACAAAGUCUGCUGAACAAAAAUUGUUUCUUUCUUGUCUAUACAAAUUGAUAGAAAUGUUUUUGUAUCCCUAUUUUAUGUUUUUCUAUGUAUAAAAGUCGUAUAAAGAUUUUUCUUUGUAUGUGUAAACUGUUAAUUCUUAUUGAAGAAAUAAAUAAUUUGUUUACUAUAUGGAUCUACUCUUUUCACUUUCAUCCUCCCUCCCCCCACUUAUAAUACUGAAAUAUUUUCCAUUAUGUUUUCUAUGUUUGUUUCAGUGUAGUUUAACCGAGGUAACCAAUGCUGGUUGGAGUUUGUCACAAAAGACGUUGACAGAAUAUUUAAAGAAAACAGAGCAUGAAACUUAUGAUGAGUUGAUUACUCUUUUGUUGAAUUCGGAUAUUCGUGAAUACGGUUCACCAUGGCUAGGAGAUUUGAAAAAGGCUAGUCAUCUUGAAGCGAAUGGUCGAAUUGUUCAGCUUACUGGAUUACGUAAUAUUAGUAUACCACAGGCUACCGAAGAUCUCAUGUUAAAUAAUUCAUCUGAUCACCGUGGACCAUGUUUAUUACGAUUUACUUUCACUGAUGGUCGUAAUCAAAUAUUGGGUUUAGAUAUGCAGAAUAAAUCAGAUUUGAAUAUGGAUAUUCCACCUGGAACAAAAUUUCGUCUAAUUGGUUCAAUCCCAUUAGUGAUGGGGUUUUUAUUAUUAUUAUCUAAAAAGCAUAUUGUGGUACUCGGUGGAAUUGUUAACAAUUUAAUACGGGAAUGGAAUAUGACUAAGUUUCUUAAAGGAACAGAUAAUCGUCUGAUCGGUAGUGGUGCUCCGAUGUUUGUACCGUUCGGUAGUCGUGAAGCUUCUUGCCUUAUUCAGACAGAAGGGAAAUUUCUUAAUCAAUUACGAUCAGAUCGAGAGCGUAAUCAAAUGAAAUUCGAUUCAUUUCAAAUGAUUACAACUAAUCGUAAUGAAGAUCAAGUAGAAAGUGAAUUACAAACAUUAUUCAAUGAACAUCGUAAAGAAGUAUUAGCUGAAUUGAAAUCAUCAACAACUUUAUGUACACCUUUAUCAUCUCAUAAUCAUAUUAGUGAUAAUGAUGUCACUAGCGAUAUCAAUAAUACAAAUGAUCAUCAAAGAAUAUUUUCUAGCAAUAAACCACGACGAUUUCGACCAGGUUUAUCAAGAUUUUAUGAACUUCAAUCACAAAAAACAAUGGAAUAUGAUAUAUCUAUAGCCAAAUUAUUAUCUUUAGGUUAUCCAUAUCAAAUAGCAAAUCGUGCAUUAAAAGAAAAUCAUAAUAAUUAUCAAAUUGCUUUAGAUUAUUUAUUAUCUAAAUCUACAUCAAUUAUGAAUAUUGAAGAUAAUUCAAUGAUGAAUAAUAAUUAUUCUGUUAAUAAUACAUCACAUGGAAUUCGUUCACGUGGUAUUCAUGUUAAUAAUAGUCGUAGUAGUCGAGGUUAUGAACGUGGUCAUCGUGGCAGGAGUCGACAUGAUGAUUCUGAUGGAUAUGAAUUUAAUUCUAAUCGAUCUUCUAUUGGAACUACAAAUGAUCAUCAUACAUUGUUGAUUCGACCAUUAACAGGACUUACUCGAUUAGAUGAUUUAAUUGUUGAUUCAAAACUAACAACAACAUCGAAUGCAUUAUUAUCAGCUUCAUCUUCAUUAUCAUCAAAUAUUAUACCAAAAACUUGUAUUCUACCUGUUGGUUGUCCAAUUCUAGCACAAAAUAUAACUGGUGAUUAUGAAGAAGCUCAAUUAAUUGGUCAUUUCUCUGCACAACAAUUUAAUAAAGCAUUUAAUGGUAAAAAUGUCAUUAUUGAUGAUACGGGUUCCAGGGAGAAGGUUGUACUUGUUACUUAUCAUCAUCAACAGAAGAAUAAUCCUGAAAUAAUUGUAGAUGAAGAAGAAAUUGUACCGAUCAGUUUGAUAAGAACAUUAAAUAAAGAAAAGAUUACUAUAGAUAUGGUACCUCCUGCACCAUUGGACAGGAUACUACCAUAUUGUGUUCAAUCACAAUCUGAAUAUACAGAUGCCAAUCGAUAUGAUGAAAUUCCUUCUACUGAUUAUGGAUUUACAAGUCGACCAUAUCAAUCUAGUAGAGGACGCAGAGGUGUUGGUGGUGGUAGUCGUAAUCAUAGAGUGUUUCGUGCUGGAAGAGGCAGUGGUGGUAGACGUUCACGUUGUAGAACUAAUCACUUCUGAUAAAGAAAUAGCAAUUUUAAUAAAUUUAUUACUUUUCUUUUCAUAAUUAUGCUUGAAAUCAGUAAUUUGCUUUGUAAAAAUGUGUACAUACGCUUUGUUUUGUAUCAGAAACAUUUCUCUACACCUAUUCUCUUUCUUCUUCUUCUUCUUCUUCUUCCCCCUCUUCUUCUUCUUCUGCUCCUCCUCCUUCUUCCUCUUCCCCCUCUUCUUCUUCUUCUCCUCCUCCUCCUUCUUCCUCUUCCCCCUCUUCUUCUUCGUCUUCUUCCUCUUCUUUAUUAUUGUUAUUGUUGUUGUUGUGUUGUAUGAAAUUGUAUUUUAAUAUGUUUUGUGUUUUGACUGAAAUGUUUCAGUAAAACAAAUGAACGGUUCAGUAUAAACUUCAGAAAUUGUCUGUUACACAUAUGUAUUUAAUAUACUGUACAUAGACAAAUUGUUUCUUUCUAUCAGUAUUGGGUUGUGGAAAUUAUUAAGUUAUUGAUUGAGAUCAUGAACUGAUUGAUGUUAGACCACCAUUGAGAACCUGAAAGCACUGGAUGGACGUUUCGUCCCAUUGUGGGACUCCUUAUCAUCACGAGAUUCGAACUCAGGGCUUUCAGUCUCACGCGUGAACGCCUAACUUCUAGACCACUAAGCCGGCCGGCAUCCAACAGUGUUAAUGUCUAACCUCAAUCAGUUCACGAAAUUGCGCAACUAUCUUCCAUUGUACUGGGGUAGAUACCUAUCUCUACUCGACAUGGAUUCUAUAUUUAAAACUAGUAAUUGAUAAACGUUUUAUUCAUUUCACAGGGG